AUGCACCGUUUCCAUUCUCAAAGUAAUGAUGGCAAACUUAUCUACAGUGAAUCGCUUCCUACUCCUGGGGUUCUCGACAACCAGGAGCUGCAGAUCCUACAUGUUUUGCUCUUCUUGGUGAUGUACUUGUUGGGCUUAGCAGGUAACAUUAUCAUCAUCAUCAUCACAAUGCUGGACUCACAGCUCCAAUCUCCAAUGUAUUUUUUCCUGAAGCACCUUUCCAUUCUCUACUUUUCCUCCCUGUCUGUCACUGUCCCCGAGUCUAUUCACAGUUCCGUGACUGGCAGUGGGUACAUUUCCAAUGCACAGUGUGUGCUUCAGGUUUUCUUCUUCAUAUGCUUCGCCUGGGGUGAGGUGGCCAUCCUCACAGUGAUGUCCUAUGACCUCUAUGUGGCCAUCUGCCCCCCAUUGCACUAUGAGGUCAUCAUGGCUCCCAGAAAGUGCAGAUGGACUGUGACUGCUGUGUGGCUAAGUGAAGGCAUCCCAGGAACCUUGUACAUAGCUACCACAUUCUCUAUCAGAUUCUGCAGGGCAAAAAUAAUCCACCAGUUCUUCUGUUAUGUCCCUCAGUUGCUCAAGUUCUCCUGCUGUAGUGAUUACCUUAGAGUGAUUGGAGUGUUUGUUAUCAUUCUUUGGUCAUAUUUGUCUGCUUCUUCACCGUCACCCUCUCCUAUGUAA